GGAAAUUCCGUUCUACCGGCAGAAAAUUAUCCGUUUCAGUCUUUAGAAAAUAUUCCAUACAAAUAACAUGCACUUCCUUGUUUUAGUGAAUGCCUUUCUUUCCUCUAAAUUUAAAAAAAACCCAAUUUCUUAUCAGCCAAACAAGCCCAGAAGCGGAUUUAAGAGCAAUGCAUUUUCGUAAUUAUUUAGUUGAGAUUGGGUGCAAAUCAUGAUCGCACUAAGUAAGUGUAUAUUCAAUUGAACAGUCACAAUGAUUUUCAAUGGUGAGACCCAUACGUUUUUUAUUUAAAUAUCUUGUUUGAUAUCUAAAUGGUUUCGUACGGCUGGUAAAAUGGAAACAGUAUAAAUAUAUGCUGAAUUAUUUUCUGAUCCACAUGGUUGAUCGUUUACAUGGCUCGGAUAGAUCUUUAAACACGCGUGUUCAUGGAAAGUAAAACUAAGGUCGCCCCUUCACCUGCACAAGUAAAAUCACUUCAGGUUAUUGUGAUUCGGUGCUUUUUCGCUUUGUUGUCUGUUGCUUGUGCCAAUUUCUUAUACUUUUGUUUUGUUUUGCUUCGUUUGUCUCAUGCCAAAUUUGCGCGAACGCGCGGAAAGCUGCUGUUAACUCGUUAAAUCUGCACGUCAAUCGAGAGAUCGAAUUUGUGCGUUUAAGAGAUUAAAAGCAAACGUCAAGCAGAAUUUAAAAUUAUUUGAUUAAAAACUGUGCAGGUGUAACAGACACUUAAGCAUCCACCAACCGUUGAUACAAUAUUAUUUAUACAUAAGUGUGGUAGUAGACAAUCAAUUCUUUCUAAAAACAAAAAUGUUCUCCAUCACCAAAUCGACCGUUGUCGUUGCUGCCAUCGCUGUUGUUCUGAUUUCUGUGCUUUCGACGACCGUUGAGGGCAUGCCAUCAAUUGGACACUACGGCAAACGCUUUGACGCCAUGUCCGGCAUCGAUUUCAUUCAGAUCUGCCUCAACAACUGCGCACAAUGUAAGAAAAUGUUUGGUGACUACUUUCAAGGUCAGACCUGCGCCGAGUCCUGCCUGAAAUUCAAGGGCAAAGCCAUUCCAGAUUGCGAGGACAUCGGCUCUAUUGCACCCUUCCUCAACGCACUCGAAUAAAGAAUAAGACCGGGAUUGCUUCCGCUUCGCUGCCACCGCCAUAACUUGCUUUCUAAGCCGCUGACUUCUGUGCUGCACGGUACCACUGCUUUCCUUACGUCCACACUCUUUAAUGUUAAAGUUAUGAGCUUGGCUGCGUGUUUAAAUUAUCUUUGUAUAUAAUUUUGUGUGCGUUGAACUUUGACUUUGCUCUAUUAGCUUGGAGCUUUAGCGUAACGUACGCGUCUAAUUUUGUCCUUUGUCAGUGUGACCGUCGGCAACAGCGCUGCUUUUACCACACGCUCACUACGCAGCAUACCAAAUAUCACUCAAUAUAAAUUUGCUUAUUUAUUUUUAUUUUAUUGUGAUUUGCAUAUUUUAUUGAAAUUAUUUGAUAUUCGAGUUAUGAACUCAUGGGAAACCAUUAAUAUGGUCGAAAGCUCUUAUGACUUCAUGUUGAUCUAUAUUGAUCAAUGCAACUAAAAAAGAAUAUAAGAAUGACCCACUGAAAUAGUUUUAAAAUACGCGGUAUUAUAAAGUUCCUAAAUAAAUAAAUAUUAUAUUUAUGAAGUUCAGUAGUCUUAAUUUGUAGUUAUAUAUAUAAAUGUAUGCUUACUUAAGCUGUUAUGCUUACUUCUUUGGAUAUUAUAGAGCAAACAGAAAUAUUGUAAAACUUGCAACGGAAAUCAUAAAAAGAUUAAACAAAUAAAAGUGUAA